GAAAAAAAAAUUUCCAACAUCGAAAAGAUCACAUGAAACGUAUCCCGCGUGGUGCCAUGUAGAGGAGCAAUCUUCCUUCUGACAAUCCAGCAUCGAGUAAUGCUGAAACACAUCCUGACGGGGCAACCGUCGUCAGCGGGCUCCAGGCACCAGCACAAUGAUUAUCAAGCGAGCUCGGGCUCGUUGCACGGCGGCCACCAUCAUCACCAUCAUUCCAGUCACCAACAGGAUCAGCAGCAACACCUUCAUUACAACCAAAGUAACGUUCGUGGAACAGGAAGCCAAGGACGGGGAGUCGACGUUUACGACUCUGUAGUCCAUCAGAGAGGCAAUGUGCAUCAAGCUGCCACGACGCCAUCAUCCACUCACAGACACCCUUUGAAUCAUUCCCAAUUGAGCGUGAACAAUCUGUCCCAACGAUUAAAUCAUUCCCAUGCCCUUAACUUGUCUACGUUGUCCACGUCGAAGCAUUCGGUGAAUAGUGUUAGUCCUGUCGGUGGUGGAAACAACAACAACAACAACAACAACAACAACAACAACAACAACAACAACAACAAUAAUAAUAACAACAACAACAACAACAACAACAACAACAACAACAACAACAACAACAAUAAUAAUAAUAACAACGUGUCGACUUUGGGACAUACAAUAAUAUCCCAGGUGCCGUUGCAUCAAGAUAGCAGACCCAAAGCGAAUGGAGGCUUCGAUAUUUCAAGACUGUCCAGGUUACCCAGUCAGACGACACCUUCACCUGCACCUGUUCUCCAAGGUACGACUGUCGGCGGUCAGUUGACCGGUGCUGGUUCUACGGCGUUCCCGUUGAACGCUUCCUGGUCCUCGUCCCUAUCGAGGAAUCACAAAGACCACGAGUCCGGAGCGAAAGAGACGUUGACCAGUUUAGGCUUGUUGUGUCUGGUGUCGUUAUUAUUGGCAUUACUCUCGUUAAUCUUCUUGCUGAAGAUUUCACCGUUAACGGUGACGCCGAGUAGCCUCAUCAGCCCGGAGGAAUAUACGAUUGUGUACGAGGUGACAUUGGCGCUGUGCGCCCUCGCCCUCUCCUUGAAUCUUUGUUGUCUCCUCGUUUGCGCUAUACAGUUCCUCUUCACAGUGAAGCUUGUCAAGACUUCGUAUCAAGGACACUGGAGUAACAAGUACCUGCAAAAAUCAUCCAUCAGCCGGAUAUGUGCUGUCGGAGGAUUUUUCAUUAGCAUUCCUGUCUUUCUAACUGGUAUGAUAUUGUACACAUUCAUCCAGUUUCAUUCAACACCGGCAAUCGUCACGUCCGUUUUUAUAGGUCUUGGCAUUGUGUUUUGUGGAUGUGCAAUGGUUCAUAACGUCUUCGUGUGGCAGAGGGAGAAGACGAACGCCGUGAAGGCGUUAGCGCGCGAACAAUGUGAAGCGGCGGUACAAUUGCAACGUCAACAGCAAUUACAGCAGCACCAAAAUCAACCUCAAUUGCAACAGCAACAACAACUACGUGGUCCAUUGACUAUCCACUAUGCUGGCUGUCCUACAAAAGUUGGCUCUGUGACAAAUCAACUAAAUGCCAGUCAUACAAUACACAGUCGUGCGACACAAUACCAACAUUAUCAUCAUCAUCAUCAUCAUCGACACGUGUCAAUGUCCCCACCGCCCUUGUUGCUUUCAUCGCCAGCUUCGAUCGCAGCGACGCACAAUCAUUUAAAUGUGAGCGGACAUAGAAACAUAGUUACGCCACCAGAUACACCGGCGGAUAGAUCGCCACCAAGUCCUGGAAAUAAAUUGAAUAGAUCGCAACACUUGCCGCGGGAAGCGACUGGCAGUGUUAGCCCUGGACUUCCAGCUGCCACAUUGGAUUUAAGUAGUGCAGCAACUACUAAUAGUCCUCAUGAAUUGUCUACAUUGGUUUAGAAUCUUGAUUCAAAGAUUGUUUUUAAUGUAGAAUUGAAGAUUAAUGAUUGAUUAUUGAUUUUCUAAUUAAGUUUUGAUUAAAGAGAAAAGCAUUUCAUUAUUUUUAAAAUUAUAGACUCAUUUCAAAAUUUGGAUGAUUUAAUUGGUAGAAAAAUCGUUUUUUGUGAACGGUUUGGUUAAGCGAUUAAUUCAUUUCUUUUCCUACAGUGGGCACUAGUAUACAAUGUCAUUUCUGUGGUUUCCCGGUUAACCUGUUGCUUGUAAAAUUAUAUAAUCUUGUUGUUUAUAAUAUUUAUAUUUUGUAAACUUUUUAAUUUUUUUUGGAUUUUUAUUCAGUUUUUCUAAAGAACUUUUUUUUUAAAGCAUAAAUUCCAAAUAUCGGAAAUAUGGAAUAAUUGUUUCAAUAGAUAAAUUCAGUCAAUUAGACUUUUUAUAAUGAAGUUUGUUAUAGAAAGAAAAGUAAUUUAAUGUUAUUUCGAAAAUGA